UCCAGUUUUGUUCUUUUUGCUCAGGAUAACUUUGGCUAUUUUGAGCAUUCAUAUAUUUUUAAAAGCCAUUAAACCUCUGACAAGAUAACUAAAACCAGUUAAGAUACAUAUGUCACAAAAUAUCAAAGACCAAUAGAAAAUCUACAAAGCAGGUAGAGGAAAAAGAUUAUGUAUAAAGGAAUAAAGGUCUAAAUGACAAUCUGAUUUAUAACAGACAAAAUCGAGGCUAAAAUUUAAUGCAGUCAAUGCAAUCGUCUUCUGUGUGCUUCAAAACCAUAGCAGACUUUAAUAAAUAAAAAUUCAAAAGAAUAUUUUUUAGAUAAAAGGAAAAUUACUAAAAAUAUAAAGCUGAACAUGCAUGAAGGAAUAAAAAAUAAUAGAAGUGGUAAAUACAUAUAUAGUGCUAAAUAAAUUUUGACUGUAUAAAAUGAUGGUGUCUUAUUGGGUUAAAUAUAUAAUUAAUAAGAUAUAGAGAAAUAGCUAUAUAUAGGCUCUAAAGGUAAAAAAAAAAGAAAAUUUAGUGAAUUUAUAUUUGAAAUUUUCUAUGUCUGUGAAGAGAAUUCAAAAGCCAUAUUUGAUGAACCUCUAAUUCCCUUCCUAGGUAUAUAUCCCAAGGUAAUGAAUCAAAUAAUAUGUGAAAAAUGGUCAUACUGGAAUUAUUCAUAACUGUUCAAAAAACAAAACCCCCAAAUAUAUAUCAACUAAGGAUGAAUUAAUUAUCAUAAUACAUCUAUACAAUGGAAUGAUAUAAAGAAGUGAAGAGAAAUGAAUCACAUAAACAUGCAUCCAUCUGACUAAUUUUAGAAACACAAAGUUGAGUCUAAGAAGCUAUGAACAUGAACAUACAGCACUACACCUAUAUAUGGUUUAAAGCAGGCAAAACCAUGCUAUAGCAUUUAGGGUUGCAUAUCUAGUUGUUAAUGUAUAAAGAAAAUGAAGAAAAUGAUCAUCCUAAUUUAUGGCUAUUGCUUUCCUCAGUAUAUGUGAAGAAGGGUGUAGGGGUUUAGAGAACAGUGGAGGCAGACCUAGCCUAUUUGCAAUGUGACAUGUUUUGCCCUGCAUCAUGGUUGCAUGAGUGUUUAUGAUACAUUGCUGUGUUUACCAUUUUUGUUUUCACCCAUUUCUAAGUGUGCAUUAUAAUUGUGUUUAAAAAUUAUUAACUGGAGAAGUGUUCCAUAAAGAUUAUUAAUUGUUCUGCUCAUUAUAUACCUUACAAAAAAUUCACGAUGUAGACAUUUAUGUACAACUCCACGAGGGUUGAAGUAGGAACUUUAUUUCUGCAACAUGAGGAAAUUUGAGAUGAUGCUACCUGCAGCACACAGAUCUUUCCAAAGAUUUUCUACUACCUUUAUUUAUCUACCUCACUCACAUGACAAAACUUUGCCACUCCUCAUCUAUUUUUCCUUUGGCUCCUGAAUUCCUGACAAAACAUGGGUGAACAUAUUUCCCCACACUCUUGUUUUAGCAUAGUACCUAUGUCAGUUAGGUUUUUCAACUAAAGAAAUCCCUACAAAACUACAUUAGAUAUUUUUAUCUCGUAUAUCUUUGUAUUCAGUUUUUCUAAGCUGAGUUUGGUGGAUGGCUCUGGUGACUUGAGAUGGGCCAAGUUCUGCAUCUAGAGUUUGGCCAAUCCAGGCUGGAUUAGGCAAAGGCAAACUGACUUCAUGAGUUUUUUAUCCUCAUCCUGAGAACAGUUUACUAGCCAGGUGAUAAUCUCAUGGUCAGUGGAAAAGAGCAGGAAGCUCCAAUGUGGAAGCCAUCCCUAACAUCUGUGUGAAGUCUCCCAAUUUUCUGUUCAUUGGAGAAAGUUUAUGAGUAAGCCAUGAGUCCAGGGUAUAGGUAAUCACUCUGCUUGUGGUGGGAGGAUACUGCAAGAUUAUUGUGUCAAAGGGUGUGGUAGUCAGGAAUAUGUACAAAAUUGUUGAACAAUUUAAUUAAAUAAUAAAUACUUAAACAUUAAUUAGACUUAAGAGGAAGUUUACCACAUUCUUAAGCAUGAGAGAAAUAUUUGAUGUUUUAUCUUUUUUUUUUGGUGGGGUUCUAAAACCCUCAAUGGAAAAUAGGACUAAUUUUAUGUGGAUGCCCUCCAGGAAACUUAUAUCUCACUUUGGAAAGCAUAAGAAAAUAAUUCCUUCUAUCCCUUAGGGGUGUGAGAGUAGAUCUCUCUCUCUCUCUCUCUCUCUCUCUCUGUCUCUCUCUCUCUCUGUGUGUGUGUAUGUGUGUGUGUGUUAAAAUUCACUUGGGGUGGCUGGCAAAAUAUUAAAUAUUACAACGGAGGUUUCUAGUUAACACACUUGCAGAUAAUUAACAUGGUUAAAAGAGUGGUUUUACGAUUGAUAAAACCUUUAGAUUUGGGGCCUAGAGUAAACACUAUUAGCCAGUAGUUCGCCUUUGAUUUCCCCCUGAGAGGACCAUUCAGCACCAAAUUUACAUGAGUAAACCAUUAGAGUAGAGAAAAGGAAUGUGAGGUAAACAGACUUAAACUGGGAAAGCCUUUUAUUGUUUCUAUUUCUUUCUUAUGCUAAUGUAAAUGAGGUGGCUACCUUCAGCCUGUUCCAAUGAAAACUUUUGGCCUUCCAAAAGGUUAGAGUUACAAUUUAUAACUUUUCCUAAUAUUUAAUAUGUUUCCAGCCACCCAAAGUGAAUUUUAACAUGUGUGUAUUUAUUUAUGAGCAUAGUAACAAUAAAUUCUUACAAAAGUGUCAGUUAGCAGCAACCAGAUAUUAAGUUGUAUUAGUCUUCUUCUGAUUCCCAGAAAAGGAUGAUUUUGAUUUAUAAGUUUGGAUUCUGUCUGUUUAAAUCUAGCAUAAAUAGUAAAGCCAUUAUGGUGAUGAUCCUAGUUAUGACUAAGUUAUCUUAAAGAAUUUAGACAUUUACUGUAUGAACUAUGGACUGGGUGGUAAAAUUUACCUAUCUAACAACUGAAGUUGCUGAACACAAAUUAUAUAUAGGUUAAACAAGGAAAACAUUGCAAAACAUUGAAAGGGAAUAUGUCUUUAUUUGCAUGCUGGCAAAUGAAUAUUUAGGUUUCACUUCAACUUCAUUACGAAUAAUUCAAGCCUGUCACCGGAAUGGACAUUGAAUGAAGGAGUUAAUUUAAGCUAUUUUGAAAAUAAGAAUGUUUUCCAUAAAGACAAAAACAAACUCAUCCAUUAGCAUUAGCUGGUGCUUUCUUAUUUGACAUUGGUCAGAGUAUUUAAAAGUAAAAAGAAUGUUACUGCACAUUCAGAAAUCAGGUGGACAUAAAAUUUAAGGUCAGGGUAUUAAAGAAAUCACAACCAGUGAUAUUAGGCUUGGAUUUUCUUUCUUUUUUUCUAUUCAGACAUGAUAACUUUUCUACUCAUUUUUUUUUCAAUUCUAAUAUUGAUUUUAUUUGUUCUUGGAAAUUUUGCCAAUGGCUUCAUAGCACUGGUAAAUUUCAUUGACUGGGUCAAGAAAAAAAAGAUCUCCUCAGCUGACCAAAUUCUCACUGCUCUAGCAGUCUCCAGAGUUGGUUUGCUCUGGACUUUAUUACUAAACUGGUAUUUAACUGUGUUGAAUCCAGCUUUUUAUAGUGUAGAAUUAAGAAUUGCUUCUUAUAAUGCCUGGGUAGUAACAAACCAUUUCAGCAUGUGGCUUGCUACCAGCCUCAGCAUAUUUUAUUUGCUCAAGAUUGCCAGUUUCUCCAACCUUAUUUUUCUUCACCUGAAAAGGAGACUUAACAGUGUCAUUCUGGUGAUACUUUUGGGGGCUUUGUUAUUUUUGGUUUGUCAUCUUCUUGUGGUAAACAUGGAUGAGAGUAUGUGGACAGAAGAAUAUGAAGGAAACAUGACUGGGAAGAUCAAACUGAGGAAUGUAAUACACCUUUCAUAUAUGACUGUAACUACUCUAUGGAGCUUCAUACCCUUUGCUCUGUCCCUGAUGUCUUUUCUGAUGCUAAUCUGUUCACUGUGUAAACAUCUCAAGAGGAUGCAGCUCCACGGCAAAGGAUCUCAAGAUCUUAGCACCAAGAUCCACAUAAAAGCUUUACAAACUGUGAUCUCCUUCCUCUUGUUGUGGGUCAUUUCCUUUCUAUUCCUAAUCAUUUCAAUUUGGAGUCCUAGGAAGCUGGAGAAUGAAACAGUUCUCAUGGUUGGCAAGACUUUUGGAUAUAUAUAUCUUUCAUUUGACUCAUUCAUCCUAAUUUGGAGAAGCAAGAAGUUAAAACACACAUUUCUUUUGAUUUUAUGUCAUGUUAGGUGCUGAGUAAAAGAACUGAAACUACGAACUCUCUAGAUUCAUAAGUUGGACAUUUUGUGUGUCUUCUAGGAGAAAACAAACUGAUAGUGUCUGGAACAUUUUAUACUUUCUACUGGAUUUUUGGUAGUGUAUGUAUUGGAGUAAUUUCUGAAAGCUUACAUAGAAGUCUUUUACCUAAAGCUAGUCUAAAAAGUAUCUGUAUAUGUGUUUGUAUGUGUAUAUGAAACACUUAAAAGGUAUUGACAAUAACAUAAUCAUAUUUUCACAAGCUGCCAAAUUAUAGAAAAUAUAGUCAGAAAUUCCUCAAAGCCAUGAAGCCAUAUGUAUUUCACUUUAUCAUAUUUCAUUUGAAAAUUUAUUAUCUUUAUAAUUGUUAAGAACUGAUACCAUAUCUCAGAAAAUCAUUGCUCUUUUACACUGUGGUUUGUACCACACCUAUGUACCACAGUGUGCUUAAAGAUCUAAUUUUUUUAAUAGUAAGGACGCUCAAUUCUAAAUCAAUAAUGAGGUUUUAUCUUUGGAGUAGUUUUCAUUCCAUCAUGAAUUCUAAUUUAAUGUUUAGUUUAAAGACAAUAUGUUGUUAGAUAAAGAUGGGCAGAAUAACACUGAAGGGUUACAAAUAUAUUUAGAACACAUUUUGUAUAUGUCUACCAUAAACAGUACUGAGGAAUAUUAGAUUUAAUACAAAUAUGUGAACCAUUGAGGAAAAAGUCAUUUCUAUAAUAGGAAUGAAGAAAGAAACACAAUGAUGACCUUUUCAGUGCUGUCAUAAGUCUCAGCAUACAGUUAGAAAAGUCAUUUCUUCUAGUUUUUGAGUUAAAGAAAACCUUUUUUGUAGUUGGGAUGUGAUAUCAAGCAUUUUAGGUUUUUUUUUUCUAAAGCACCUCAGAGCCACUGAAUUGCCAAUUAUCUCCUCUGUCUUCGAUACUUGAAAUUCCGUUUAAACUUCACACACACAAAAAAAACUUGACUCUUUCCUAUCUUAAAAAUACUCCAUAUAAAAAGUGUAGAAAUUAUAAAAAAUCAUUUGAAUUACACUUUUUGCAAAUGUUAAAACGGCAUCCAUGAAAUCUAUGUAUUAAUGAUAGAGAAUGUCUUAAACAUUUGUUUUAUUAUAAUCUUAUUGCAAAUAAUGCAAUGAGAGAAAGUGUGUUGAUAUACUCAGCAAUAGCAAGUUUUAUUAUAGGAAGAAAUCAUAUAACAUCAUUAAACAAGUAAAUUCUACAGACUGUAUCAAUUCUUGGGGUUAUGAAAUUUUAACAGUGUUAUCUAAACCUUGGGAUAAAUCAUCUCUACAUCUGAUCUGGUUAUUUGUUUGCUUAUCAUAUAUCUUUCCUGGUACAAUGUAAGCACCAUAAAAGCAGAGAUCCUACAGAUCUUGCUUGCUGUUGAGUCUCAGGACCUAAAAGGCACCACAUAGAAUAGGUAUUCAAAAAUAUUUUGAUGAACAAAUAAAUUGGUGAAUAGAGAAGUGAACUAACUAUACUGGAGUGGUAAACCAAUGAAAGUGAAACUUCAUCACAAAAUUUAAAGUUACAUGAAUUUUUCUUUUCUGGUUUCAACUUGAGGUUACAGGAUUAUCUAAGAAGAAGCAAUUCUAGGGGAGCAAAAUUGUGGCUAUUCUAUGAUCGUAAGGGAAAUACCACUGUAAUGUAGCCCUGAGGAAGACACAUUAGGUGUGUGAUGGGAAGAUAAGGUGGAACAUCAAUCAGAUGGUACAUACUGUGAUACAUUUUAAAAUGCAUAUAAAUUCAUAUGCUUUUUAAAAAGCAUAUACAUAUAAAAGAUUUUUGUAUAUUUGCAUAUAAUUUUUCAAUUGUGAGUAAUAUAUUUGUAUUCUGAUAUUUCUAGCUGGUUACUCUAUAAACAAAAUGGCAUUUCAUUAAAAAAGCCAACUACCUUAGUAAAAUAUAAUGUUUAUAUAAUAUUUUAACACCCUUUCUAAAUAAACAUUCAAAUUGCCAUAUUAUAAAC